AUGGAGGUCAGAAUUGUAUCCAGAGAGCUAGUGAAGCCAUAUUCCCCUGAAACCGUAAAAACAAAACCUCCACACAAGCUCUUCCUCUUCGACCAGCUCUUCCCCUUAACCUACACCCUACUCAUCCUCUUCUACGCCAACCCUGAAACCCCAAAUCUCCGAUCCACCGACCGCUUCAUCGCCCACCUGAAGCGCUCUCUUGCCGAGACUCUGACCGUCUACUACCCUUUCUCUGGCAGGACGAAUUCGAGCAAUUUGCUCAUCGACAGGUUCGGGGAAGGCAUCCCGUUCAUCCAUGUCAAGGUCGAAAGCUGCCGCCUUUCCGAUUUCCUCAAACGCCGGGAACCGGAAAACCUCAACUGUCUCCUCCCUCGAGCUCCCUUCCGUCGAGAAAGCGUCGAAUUCGACUCCCCUGUUUUGGAGAUGCAGGUCUCUGUUUUCGCAUGCGGCAGAAUCGCCCUCGGAUGGGCCGCUUCACACAAAUUGAUCGACGGAUUCACUAUGAUAUCCUUCCUCAAGGCCUUCUCCGCUGCCUCCCGCGGCGGCCGAGAUAAGGCGGAGCUCCUCUCUGCCGCCCCGCCCUGUUUCGGCCGGGCGGCGGAGCUGUUCCCGCCGAGGGAAGCUUUCCCUGAAAACUACCGCAAUCUGAUGGAAACCCUCUGGUUUAUAAAAGGAAACUACGUGACCCGGCGAUUCAUUUUCGAUUCCGAGUCUAUUUCGAAGCUGAGAGCCGUAGCAUCGGCGGCGGGAGGAAAAACAAAGCAAGAACAGGGGAAGGAAAAAAUCAAGCUGUCGAGAGUCGAGGCUGUUGAGUAA